AGUCGGCUCGGGAGCGGCCGGCGCGCGCGUGUGCGUUGGGUGUCCCUGCGAGGCGGGGAGGCGCGCAGGGUCGGUGGUUGUGCUGGUCCUAGGGCGGCGGCCGCCACCGCAGCAGCACCGCGGGCUGAGGGGGCCGUCGCGGCGGGACGAGCUGGGGAUGGGGAGAACCGGGCCCCGCACCUCUCCCGGGCGCGUGUGCGGCGCCGGGGGCGCACAGUGACCGCUGCGGCGCCCCUAGCCGGGCAGCGCUGAGGCCGCUUCGCCAAGGGAGCCUUCGGCCGGCGGCGGGCCGGGCCAUGAGGAGCAGCCGGGGCCGGGCCAGGCCUCGCUGACCCCCGGCCCCGCGCGGAGGCCUCCCCCGUUUCCGCUCCGGUCUCUCGGCAUGAGCGUCCGCCCAGGCCGGGGGCCGCGGCUGCCCCAGUGCGGCGGCCCGCGGGCGCGCUCCGGGCCGGCGGGCCCGCGGUGCUGAGCCGGGCCUGCCUCGCUGCGCCGCCCGCCCGCCCGCUGUAUGCCCCGGGGGCGCGGCCAUGGAGGUGGUGGGCGACUUCGAGUACAGCAAGAGGGACCUCGUGGGACACGGGGCCUUCGCCGUGGUCUUCCGGGGGCGGCACCGCCAGAAAACUGAUUGGGAGGUAGCUAUUAAAAGUAUUAAUAAAAAGAACUUGUCAAAAUCACAAAUACUGCUUGGGAAGGAAAUUAAGAUCUUAAAGGAACUUCAGCAUGAAAAUAUUGUAGCACUCUAUGAUGUUCAGGAAUUACCCAACUCUGUCUUUCUGGUGAUGGAGUACUGCAAUGGUGGAGACCUGGCAGAUUAUUUGCAAGCUAAAGGAACUCUCAGUGAAGAUACUAUUAGAGUGUUUCUGCAUCAGAUUGCAGCUGCCAUGCGGAUUCUGCACAGCAAAGGAAUAAUCCACAGGGAUCUCAAACCACAGAACAUCUUGCUGUCAUACGCGAAUCGCAGAAAAUCCAACGUCAGUGGUAUUCGCAUCAAAAUAGCGGAUUUUGGGUUUGCUCGUUACCUGCAUAGUAACAUGAUGGCUGCAACACUGUGUGGGUCCCCAAUGUACAUGGCUCCUGAAGUUAUUAUGUCUCAACAUUAUGAUGCUAAGGCAGACCUGUGGAGCAUAGGAACAGUGAUAUAUCAAUGCCUAGUUGGAAAACCACCUUUUCAGGCCAAUAGUCCUCAAGACCUAAGGAUGUUUUAUGAAAAAAACAGGAGCUUAAUGCCUAGUAUUCCCAGAGAAACCUCACCUUAUUUGGCUAAUCUCCUUUUGGGUUUGCUUCAGAGAAACCAGAAAGACAGAAUGGACUUUGAAGCGUUUUUUAGCCAUCCUUUUCUAGAGCAAGUUCCAGUGAAAAAAUCCUGCCCAGUUCCGGUGCCCGUGUACGCUGGCUCUGUCUCGGGAAGCUCCUGUGGUAGCUCUCCAUCUUGUCGUUUUGCCUCUCCACCAUCCCUUCCAGAUAUGCAGCAUAUUCAGGAAGAAAACUUAUCCUCCCCACCAUUGGGUCCUCCCAACUAUCUACAAGUGUCCAAAGAUUCUGCCAGUACUAGUAGCAAGAACUCUUCUUGUGACACGGAUGACUUUGUUUUCGUUCCACACAACAGCUCGUCAGACCACUCAUAUGAUAUGCCGAUGGGGCCUUCUGGCAGACAUGCUUCAAACGAGUUCUUGGUGUGUGGAGGGCAGUGCCAGCCCCCUGUGUCACCUCAUAGUGAGACAGCACCAAUUCCAGUUCCUACUCAGAUAAGGAAUUAUCAGCGCAUAGAGCAGAAUCUUACAUCCACUGCCGGCUCUGGCACAAAUCUACAUGGUUCUCCAAGAUCUGCAGUGGUGCGAAGGUCUAACACCAGCCCUCUGGGCUUCCUCCGGCUGGGAUCCUGCUCCCCAGCGCCCGCAGACACAGUGCACACAGUUGGACGAAGACUCUCCACUGGAUCUUCCAGGCCUUACUCACCUUCCCCUUUGGUUGGGACCAUUCCUGAGCAGUUUAGUCAGUGCUGCUGUGGGCAUCCUCAGGGUCACGAGUCCAGGAGUAGAAACUCAUCAGGUUCCCCAGUGCCACAGGGUCCGUCACCACAGUCUCUCCUGUUGGGUGCUAGACUGCAGAGCGCCCCUACCCUCACCGACAUCUACCAGAACAAGCAGAAACUCCGAAAGCAGCACUCGGACCCCGUGUGCCCGUCCCACGCUGGGGCUGGGUACAGCUACUCACCUCAGCCCAGUCGGCCUGGCAGCCUCGGAACCUCUCCCACCAAGCACAUGGGGUCCUCUCCUCGCGGUUCAGACUGGUUCUUUAAAACUCCUUUACCGACCAUCAUUGGCUCUCCUACCAAGACCACAGCUCCUUUCAAAAUACCUAAAACGCAAGCGUCUUCCAACCUGCUAGCCUUGGUUACUCGUCACGGGCCUUCUGAAGGGCAGUCUAAGGAUGGGAAUGACCCACGGGAAUGCUCUCAUUGUCUCUUGGUUCAAGGAAGUGAGAGGCAGAAGUCUGAGCCACAGAACAAAGCAGUGUUUGGCAGAUCUGUCAGUACUGGGAAAUUAUCAGAUCAACAAGUGAAGAUAUCUUUAGGUGGACAUCAGGGCAGCACAGACAGUUUAAAUACAGAACGACCGAUGGAUACAGCCCCUGCAGGAGCUUGUGGUGGUGGACUGGCACCUGCUCUGGGAACAGCAGCAAGUUCCAGGGCUGUCCUGUUCACUGUAGGAUCUCCUCCACACAGUGCCGCGGCCCCCACUGCUGCCCAUAUGGUCCUCCGAACAAGAACAACCUCAGCGGGCUCCAGCAGCUCCGCGGGCUCCCUGUGCUCGGCCGGCGGCCGUGUGGCUAUGGGCUCCCCGCCGGGGCCGGGUUGGGGGGCUUCCCCUCCCGGAGCCGAGGCCGCGCCCAGCCUGAGAUACAUGUCUUACGGUGCUUCACCCCCCAGCCUGGAGGGGCUCAUCACCUUUGAGGCCCCUGAACUGCCAGAGGAGACACUGAUGGAGCGAGAACACACAGACACCUUACGCCACCUCAACAUGAUGCUGAUGUUCACGGAGUGCGUGCUGGACCUGACAGCCGUGAGGGGGGGUCACCCGGAGCUGUGCGCAUCCGCUGUCUCCUUGUACCAGAUCCAGGAGAGUGUGGUCGUGGACCAGAUCAGCCAGCUGAGCAAAGACUGGGGGCGGGUGGAGCAGCUGGUGUUAUACAUGAAAGCAGCCCAGCUCUUAGCAGCCUCUCUGCAUCUUGCCAAAGCCCAGAUCAAGUCCGGGAAGCUGAGCCCAUCCACGGCUGUGAAACAAGUUGUCAAAAAUCUGAAUGAACGAUAUAAAUUCUGCAUCACCAUGUGCAAGAAACUUACAGAAAAGCUGACUCGCUUCUUCUCUGACAAACAGAGAUUUAUUGAUGAAAUCAACAGCGUGACUGCAGAGAAACUCAUCUAUAAUUGUGCUGUAGAAAUGGUUCAGUCUGCAGCCCUGGAUGAGAUGUUUCAGCAGACGGAAGAUAUUGUUUAUCGCUAUCAUAAGGCAGCCCUUCUUCUGGAAGGCCUAACUAAGAUUCUCCAGGACCCUGCCGAUAUCGAAAAUGUGCAUAAAUAUAAAACUAGUAUUGAAAGAAGAUUGUCGGCACUCUGCUGUAGCACCGCGACCCUGUGAGCGGCCGCGGGCUCGCCCCUGGACCAAUGCUGGGACUGAGGACAGAAGUUUGGUGUCACAGCUUUGGGUUCUGUCUCCCCGUCCCCAGGAAGCCCUAGUUUCUCACGUGGUGACUACCAAAGAACAAGCAUGACUUCAAAAAGGAAAAACAAUCCAAAAACUACAUACGUGUAGGAAAUCUGCCUUAUUGGAGACGUCACCCCUUCCCUUUUCUGUGUAGAAACAGAAGCAAGAGUAUUCUACUUGGCUCUCAGUUUGAACUUGGUCAAUAAAUGUACCUUAGAAAUAG